UGUAGUUUCGCUAAGGACUUCUUUAAGGUUUGAAAUGGUAAUAAAAGACUACAAGUAUUAAAUUUCAAAUGAAAGCGAUAGGCGUUCAUUUUCUUGACGCACGAACAUCCAUCGAUGUAUCAUGGAUGUUGUUAAAUUCCGCGAUAGAUGCCGUUGAUGAAUAAAAACAACAGUUUUAAUAAAGGAAGUAACAUAAAAAUAUGGAGGUAAUUGAGGCAAUAGUGAUUCAUGACGCUGAUGCUGAAGGAAAAAAACCUGCACCGUCCAGCAGCGUGGAUACUGAUAAGACCAAAACAGAAUUCAUCUGGACACUACAAGCUACAUGGCAUCUAGUCAAUACCAGACUGGAAAUGGAUCAGGCUUUUGACCAGCCAGUGUGCAAGAAAAAGAAGCUUUGGGAAGUGGUUGCAGAGAAGGUGAAUGCUAAACUGAAGCGGUCGGGGAUCACAGACAUCACCGUGAAGGCCUACGAAUGUGAUCUAAAAUGGAGAAAUAUGCUGGCCACGUACAGGAAGAACACAGACAGGGCCAGGCGACUGGGGGUAGCUAGUGUCCACUGGGAGUUCUUUAAAGCAAUGCAUGGGGUGCUGGGUAAGAGCAGGGAGGAGAUCCAGGCCCAGCGCCAGGCCAAGCUCAGUGGAACCAAAGUUGGAAAGGCCAUAGCCAGCAAGAGGUUCACACCUAUCCUUCCUACCCCUCCUGCGACACCUGCUGCCUGUAUUAGCAGGCCCCCACAGGACAUCCUGCAGCUCUACAUGGAGCUUCAGGAGAGGAAGCUGAACAUGUGGGCUCAGCAGAGAGCACUGGAGGAGAGGAAAAUAGAGGCCAUUAAUAACCUGGCUCAGGCUAUCUCCAGUCUGGCUCAAAUGAACAGCCCACAAACACCAAAAGAUGGACAUUAAGUCUUUACACAACUUAAAUAAUAAAUGGAUGUUGUCAUCUGAACCGUAACUUUAUGGCAUUAUAGUUUGUAGGCAUGCAGCAAACCAACAGAAUCCAUCUUGAGAAUGUUAUGUUUGAUAGCUUUUUCUUAUAAAAAACUGAAUACAGCUGCCUUUA